AUGUCGAAGUUUCUGAGUUUGAACAGUUUGAUAACCUCAUCAACUUGGUUCAAGUCCAGGUUUUUGGCGGCUGCCAUUUCCGUAAUCUUCAUAUAUCUCGAUUUCGAAAAUGGGGGCAAUGGAAUUUUCACUGAUGAUUUGAAUAGGCUGUGCGUCUUGCUCUCCAUAUCGAACACCAGCGAACUGAGCAAGUCAUCAAAUGCCGGUUUGGACUCAUAG